AAAAAAAGCAAGAGGUUGAGAUUUGGUGGCCUAAGUGCGAUAUACAAACUGCAAAAAAAAAUGAAAAUAGCGAUGAAAACAUUGACCGAUAAUGAUUGGAAAGUGUUCGCUGUAAGAGUCCUUGGAUAUGGUGAUUGGAUCAACAUGAUUGCAGAAUUGGAUUCACUUGAAAAAAAAAAUGUUCAAGUAACAACAAAAAAAAGUAGACAUCUUGUUAUGAAAAAGUCAUUUGAGGAUUCUGAUUUUGUUGUAAGCAACGAAAAGAAAUCUAAAGUAAAGGAUGACAAUAAGCAAGCUAAAUUUAAACACAAGAUUGAAGCGACAAAAAGAGCUAAAAGUAUUUUAAAGGAAGUGGAAAAUACAAACAUGGUUAAAAUUGAUGACAGUGAUGACGAGGAAGAAGUUUAUAGUCACAUUGGUGACAUUAUUUCAUCAGAAGAUGAUGAACUUGUAAGAAAACGCACUAAAUUUCAAUUACAAUCCGAUGUAGACGUUUUGAUCUUAGAAAAUAAAAAAUUGAAAAAAGAACUUUUACAUUACAAAAAUAUCUCAGAUGCACAAAAAGAGUCCAAGGAAUUAUUACAAGAUUUAAAAUGUAGUAGAAAAAUUUUUGCCGAAUUAAAAAUGAUGUGUUGUAAUUGUCAAAAUCAGGAAUCAUAUUCUCACGUUCAAAAUUUAUCCAUAAACAAGAAAAAUAGGAAUUAUAGAGAUUUACAGGAACAAAAAGAAAAUAGCCAGGUCAAAGUACAACCUAAGACAUUCUCUAAAAUAAAACAAUCAUCACCAUUUAUGAAAUUCUCGGAAAUUGCUGGUAAUAAUUCGGAUGAUUCUAACGAUUUUGAUAGCGAUUCAGGUUUUCUUAAGUGUGACAAAAACAUAAUUAAAACUGAAAAGGUCAAUACUUUUGAGAGUAUAUUGUUGAUUGAAAAUGAGCCAAAUGAGUUUCCAGAGGUAUCUAGCAAAGUUUUAAUUGAAUCAUCUACGGCUAAUAAAUUGGGCAAUACAUUAACUGAAAAUGCAAAUGAAAAAAUAUUUAAUUUUAAAAAGUGUUCUACAAAUGACUCAACUGAAUUUGCUGAUAAAAUUUGCAAUUUGGAAUCAUCAUUGAUGGUAGACCUUGGACACGGUGUAAAGAUCAACAAAAGGGUGUUGGAGAAAGUUCGAAAAAAGGAACUUCGUCAUCUCAUUCUAGAUUUAUUAAAUGCGUUAUUUACUAAAAUAGAUUUUGCCACUUGUUCUAGAAGUGGCAAAAAGGGCAAAUUAGCUGAAAAAGCAAAGCCGGAACUUGAUUCAAAUAAAAGAUGUGCUAUAGUGGAUUAUGCAACAGAAGUUUUUAAAGAAACAGAAAAAGAUGAUAUCGAAGCAUUAAUGAACAAAAUAAUUGCAAACAAAUGCAGAAAUGCUACUAAGAGCCAAAGAAACUGAAAGAAAAGUAUAUACAUAUAUAUAUUUAAGUUGGAUAAAACAUUUUUUAAUAUUUUUUUGUUAAUAUAAUUGUAUUAACAAUUGUAUAAUAUAAUAAAGUAUUUUUUUAAAUAAUUUAUUAUUAAAAAAUUUUUUUUAGGUUUGUGGGUUGCGGUCAACAUUCAACUAGAGUGUUUAGCUAGUUUUGAGUAUUAAUUUGAGUAUUAUUUUUAACUCGGAUGUUUGUCAUUUAAUUGAGUAUUAAUUUCAGUGUUAUUCUUAAAUUUAGGAUUA